ACAUGGAGACUCCGGCGAGCGCAGCGACCAUAACCCCAGCACCAAGACCACACCGCCUGAAAAGCGCCUGUAAGUCGUCUGAGAUCAGCGCUAUGAUUUGCUGAUCAGUAUGAUAAACAGGACAAGCCCCGGCAUCACCAGCCCUCUUCGCCAUCAUCACCGUACCCCAUCCGCACACAAGCAGGUGAAGGAAUCCCUCAAUGCUCGAUCCGAAUACAUUACUAGUCAGGAUGACGGCGUCGCAGAGCACCGCAUCAAUCAAUAUAUCAUUAGACAAGAGAUUGGCCGGGGAUCGUUUGGAGCCGUGCAUAUGGCCGUGGACCAGUAUGGGCAGGAAUACGCAGUUAAAGAGUUCUCGAAAGCCCGUCUCCGAAAGCGAGCGCAAUCACAUAUUCUGCGCAGGCCGCUUAACGAACGGCGCCGUGGUGCUCUUCAAGGUUUCAACUCUCCUAUGCAUCGGACCGGGAACGAUGAGCAAACCCAAGCAAGUGCUAUUGACCUGAUCAAAGAGGAGAUAGCCAUCAUGAAGAAGCUGAACCAUCCAAACUUAGUCUCGCUGAUUGAGGUGCUGGACGAUCCAACCGAAGAUUCACUCUACAUGGUCAUGGAAAUGUGUAAGAAGGGUGUCGUAAUGAAGGUGGGGCUGGAGGAAAGAGCUGACCCUUACCCUGACCUUGUUUGCAGAUACUUCUUUCGGGACCUGAUUUUGGGAAUUGAAUAUCUACACGCACAGGGUGUCGUGCAUCGUGAUAUUAAGCCAGACAAUUGCCUGGUGACUGAUGAUGAUGUGCUCAAGGUCGUCGAUUUUGGAGUGUCGGAGAUGUUUGCAAAGGAUUCAGAAAUGCUCACAGCCAAGUCCGCAGGCAGCCCUGCUUUCUUACCACCAGAGCUCUGUGUUGCUCGACACGGCGAUGUGUCUGGACGUGCAGCGGACAUCUGGUCCAUGGGUGUGACGUUGUACUGUCUGAAGUAUGGGAGGAUACCUUUUGAGAAGACCGGCAUCUUCGAGAUGUAUGAUGCUAUCAAGACUGAUGAGCCUCAGUUUGACACAGACGAGGACGAUGAUUUCCGAGACCUGAUUACGAAAACAUUGGAGAAGGACCCGCAGAAACGCAUCAAAAUGGGCGAAUUGAGGGAACACCCCUGGGUCACCCAGCAUGGGAAAGACCAACUUCUGUCGGAGGAGGAAAAUACAUCUGACCUAGUCGAACCGCCUACGGAAGCCGAGAUGAACGCUGCAAUCACCAGCAACAUGAGGAACGUGGUAACAGUCAUAAAAGCAAUCAACAAGUUCAAGUCCCUCUUGGAGAAGAACAAGAACCGACCUAUGACUUCGAUACUUGGAGAUGAAGGCGAUGGACAUUUUUCAUAUCCUCCUGCAGCGAUGAAGAAAGAAGUCAAUUCGAACACUGAAGAAGCGCAACAGGCCCGCGACUCUGCGAAUCACGACUCACAUGAGCAUGCAGAAGGUGACGAUCUGCGUCAGAAAGUAAGGGGCCUGAAUCUACAAUCAUCCCCCACUCAGAGCGUAGACGACACGACCAUAGCGAAAAAGGAGGACCAGAGCGAGAGAAAACCUCGUAAGCGAAAACAAUUAUUCAGCGAGGGAAGUACAGAUACGGAAGACGCUGCGCUACCGACCAUAGCAGAGAUGGAGCAGCUGGAUCCGCAACAUUUACCUCCUUUCCGGCCGUUGCACUCACAUACACGUACUGUUUCUGAGGUAGGUCACCGAGGUCAGGCGCAUGAUCCGUUGGAGGACCACCUGUAUCUUUACGUCGGACCAUCGACAUAUGCAGGAGUCAGUUCUCAGGAUGGCGAUGACGAAACUUUCAUGCCAGACGAAGAUGGAGCACCAAUCGUCAGUGAAAGCCCUGGCGCCGCCGACGUGGACAUUUUCGAAACGGCAUAUCGAGAUGAGAUCGAACGUAUCGUGGCGCAGGCCAAAGAACAGAACAAGGAACCGAACGUUUACCUUACCCGACGCGUAGAUGAGAAAUUGAUGGCCAUCAGUGGCCGUAUAGGCAGGUGGGCAGCAAUAGGAGGUGAAGCCAAAAAUCAGCUCAAAGAUUACACACAGUUCUCGACACGCAAAGCUCGUGUAAGUGAAGUCAGUCGAGCACUUCGACAAGCUGCGCGAGAAGAAUAUGAACGAAGAAAGCAAGAGCGAAAGGAAUUGAUCGCAAAAGAGAAAGCAGAAAAAGCGAAGAACAAGGAAGGAGCCGAAGAAGGUUCGAAACCGACAACGCCUUCGCCAGCUGCGACGGCGGGAGGAGAUGUAGAACAAUCAGGUGGAGAGAGCCCGUUGUCGCCGAACAAAGAGACCUCAGCAUUGUGGAAAGGUAUGGCAGUAGAUGCAGGAAGGCAGGCAAAGACCUCUUUCCGAGGGCUUAUGGGCAUGGUCAAAACCAAGAACAAAUCCCAAACCGACCAGGAAGAGGAAGGUUGAAUUGUGCGUGGCAAACACCAUUCUUCCGUAUGCU